AUGAGAGCCCGUGUCUACUGUGAAGACUUUCUGCUCCCAAAGGUGUGCAGGACCACGGCAGACCUGUGGUCCGUUUACUCCAAGCCUGUCCCAGCAAACGGCAGAGAGCUGUGGGCCUUGUUUCUGCAGUGUUCCUGUGUUGCAGCGGUGAUGGGAGGCCUCUUUUACAACUGGAUGUUUGCUUCCCUGGAGUACUCCUGGCAUCUCUCCAUUGCAAUGGCCGUCUCCUUCAGUCUGCUCCUUCUCCUGACCCUUUUCUUGGUGCAUCCUGCCCGUUGCGUCUUCAGUAUGGUCAUGCCUACGUUAGGUACCAAACAAGGCCGGAAGCUUCUCUUGUCAACCUGCAUCAUGAUAGUAGUGGUGAACAUAACACCCAACAUCAUAAGCAACAUGAAAACCAUACUGCAGGUUAUUAAGUGCAUCUGCAAGAAUUCCUCUGAGAGUCUUUUGAACUCAACUGCUCUGCUAGAGAGAGCUUCCUGGGAAUUUGGGGAUGCAGUCCAAGAAACCGUUCAUUCCAUUAAUAUUUAUAAGCCUAUGAAUGGACAUUUUCAGUUUUCAUUGCUUAAGAACAGCUCCUUGAUUUACCAACAAAUGCACCUUGCUGGUGAGAAAAUUGGGAGAGACUUUUUGGCUGUUGAGGUACUGGUCAAAGAUUCUGUACGAGUAGGCAACAAGCUGGUUGCUGGCUUCUCCAUGUUCUAUCUCUGUUUUGAGUCCACCUGGUAUUUGAAAAAUUACCUCACCAACCUCCGCUUUGACAAUUUUUACAUCACCAAGAAGCUGGAACGUUUAGCUGUGGACAGAAAAGCAGCUCAUCUGCUGGUGGGCUCAUCCAAAAACCUCAUUCGACCAACAGGCUUGAAGUUGUCCCGGGAAGAAGUGAUGCUGUGCCUCGUGCAAGCCAUGCUCCUCACCGUGGCCCUGAUGCUGAUGCUGGUGGUCGUGGCGAUGGACCACUUUGCGUUCCGCGUGGCAGACACCGCGGUGAGAAAAGCAGCUCAGUUCUCCGCGGUGCCCGUCGCGCUCAGCAUCAAAUACCAUGCUAAAAUAAGGAUCCUGCCCUUUCUUUUGAAACUUCUACGGCUUCCUUAUGAAGAAUUACCACUUCAGAACUUUGAAAGAAGCUACCACCAUUAUCUGAUCUUCAGCUCUGCCCACUGCAGGAUCAGCCCCCCGACACCUCCCAACCCCUCUGUGCUGCUCAUCGUGGGGCUCCUCUUCUGCAUCCUCUACGCUACCAUAUUCCUGGAGACCUACGCACACCGCCUGUGCAGGAAAAUCGCAGGCUCCUUCUUCGAGAGCUGGGAGGAGAAGCGGGCACUUUACCUCUACGAGAAGCUGUCCAGGAAGCACAAGGAGGAGCAAAACUGCAUGAGAAACUAA